GACAGAUGUAUUUUGAUUUUGAUCGAGGCGUUUUGCGAGCGUUUGCGGGAAAACCGUUAGGUGGUGAAAAAAAUCAAAAACUCCUAAUUCACUAUUCAAAAAAUCAAAAGGUGAAAGAUCGCAUUUUAAGUCCUGGCGCCUAUUAAAAUUUGCGUGCUGCCGACCACUGAAAUGUCUGUUAAAAAUGUUAUCGAUAAUAAGAUGCCGUUACGAUUUAUGGAUUACCGAUUGGUUGAAAAAGCAAUAUGAUUUUGGGCUACUGGAAUUUUUUCCUAGCUGUAAUCACUUUACAAACGAUUUCCCACGGAUCUGCACAGAUAAGCACUGCAAACAACACUUUAAAGGCAUCAAAUAACUCAAAUAUUUUCUAUAAAGACACAUUAAAUAGCUCUUCGACUGACGUGCUGGACGCCUUAAUAUCCUCAACACCGGUUGCAGCUGAAACAUAUUCGACGGAAGCCACUAUAACUAUUACAGGUGCUACGCUCCCAAGCCUUGUUCCUGCUCAAAGUCCUGUAGAAAAUCCUGCGGACUGUUCGCAGCGGGAAAAAUACAGAAAACAGCCAAUUGCAACAGAAACGUCCCGUUUGAGAAAAUGCUGCCCACAUGGAGAAAACCUAAACAUAAAUCGGGAAAAUCAGAGCGAUUCCAUGUGUGACAACGGACUUUUACGCUUUGAACCGACUGUAAUAAGUGCAGUUCUGUAUGAUAACUGCAUCGAAGAUUUGGAGAUUGAGACUAAGCUGGACUACGACAUUGGAAAUCCGUGUAACAGUUCUCUCUUGUACGACGACGAGGAGGACGUUUUCUUCGUUUUACAAGACGGUUCCCUAUUAAUCGUCGACAAAUUUGGCAACGAAUCGUACACAGUGAAGGAGCAUUAUUGCUUGGAUAUUGACAAGUCAGGUCACUUGUUUGCUUUUACAUGUGUUACCCAAGUGGAAGAACAAAUUGCCUUCGCUAAAGUCAUUUUUUUUGCUGUUCUGAUGCUUAUAUCUAUGCCCUGCCUGCUUUUAGUUAGCUAUUUGCACAUGAAACUUCGCUUAUUGCGCAACUUGCAUGGCCUGUCGUUAAGUUUGAUGUCCUUGUGUUUGGCGUCCGGGUACUUUGUGCACUCCGUGGUGCACAUAUAUGGCAUCCCGAACCAAGGAUUUAUUGGCUACGUCAUACAGUUUUGUAUUUUGAGUUAUUUCUUCUGGUACCUAUGCAUAUGCUUCAAUGUUCUCUUGAAUGUGUGGUACAAGUUGCCCUGCUGCAUUCAGUGUUCAAAGAGCUGGGCCACCUUUAAUUUUGCGUGUUACACAAUUUUUGCUUUUUCUGGACCGGCCACAAUAGUCGCACUUACUGUUCAAAAGGGAUUGCCUGGAAUGCCGUCUUACUUUCUGCAAGGCCUCACGGAAUCCAUACGAGACUCCCAACGUUACUUUAUUCCUCCAGUGUCUACUAUACUUUUUCUCAGUUUUUUGAUUAACGUCAUAUCGUUCUUCGGAUUUCAACGUAUAAGCGGCGAGGCUGAAAAAAGUAUCCAGGGGAGAAAUGGUUUGUUUGACAAACAAAAAUAUGAAGAUGUUAAGAAGGACGCCAAAUGCGUCAGCUUACUUGGAAAGAUAAUGGUCGUAAGCUGGAUACUCGAAAUAAUAACGUUUUACUCUGGCUCGAAUUCUAAUUACCUUAUACUUUGCGACAUGGUGAAUGGACUUCAAGGAGUUUGGGUACUGCUUAUUUUUGUCGUCGUGCGAAGGCGCCGCACAAUAAUAUUGAGGUGGUGGUAUGAUCGUGGUUCCCACGAAAUUGAAGGCACAGAGAUGCAAGCUCUUAGUAAUAGUCCCACAUAGAUGUACAAUUCUAAUACAUUACUUCAAAUUUACGAUCGCCGUGAAUAUAACAUUAAUUUUAUAAUUAUAUUAAAUCAGGUUUAUUUGAUUUCUUUAUAAGCAAAGCCAAUUGAUAAGAAAGGAGACUAAAACUGUGAAAAACAUUCAAAUGUUGAUCUGCUCAAUUUGAUACCCUUUAAAAGAUUAUUUUGUUCCGGGCCAUGACCAAUCAAUUUCCCAACCAUAUUUGUAAAACAUUUACAUACUGGAGGAAGAUGGCGUGAAAAAGUAAACACUUCAAAUUGUGUAAAUUGUGGUUUAUUUAAA